CCCGAGACUCGCUGAGGGUGAGGAGGUGCCAUGGGCCGUCCUCUGGUGACUGUUGUGUAGCGUUAACUCUGUGUAUUUGUUAUUGUAGCCCGGGGAUUACUGCCACAUACACCAUGGAUUCCCUAGACACUCUCAAGCAGGAGCUGGAGAGGCUCAAUUUGGAAUUAGACCAGACGAGCAGUGAGAAAAACCAAGCAGCUCAGUACGGUUUGGUGUUGUUAGAGGAAAAGGAAAGUUUACAAGGGAAAUGCGAGGAAUUGGAGGCAUUAUACGAGAACACUAGGCAUGAAUUGGAGAAUACGCGUGAGGCUCUAGCAAAGUUCCAGACAACUCACCGUGUUGCCACAGCGAGUGGUAUAGAGACAGAAGAGAGUCUCCUAUCAGAGUCUGCUGCUCGAGAAACUUCUCUUAAUUCACAAAUUAUCGAGCUUGAACUCGAGGCAAAACAGUGUCGGGCAGAAUUAGAGCGAGUACAGAGCGAGAAAUCUCGCUACUACACAGAACUUGCAGAAUUGCUGAAGGACAAAGAUAUUACUGACCACGAAAAGAAACAGUUAAAAGCCGAGUUGAAGGACCUAAAGUUCCGUGAGACACGACUAUUCCAGGACUAUGCAGAACUGGAAGAUGAAAAUAUUACCCUACAAAAACAGAUAUCUAAUCUCAAAUCAUCACAAGUUGAAUUCGAGGGAGCCAAACAUGAGAUUCGACGGCUUCAAGAAGAAACAGAAGUUCUCAACCAGCAGGUGGAGGAGUUGGCAAACCUUAAGAAAAUUGCUGAAAGACAGAUGGAGGAAGCCCUGGAAUCUCUUCAGGCAGAAAGAGAAGCCAAAUAUGCUCUUAAAAAGGAGCUUGACGGUCGAAUGAAUUCCGAGUCCAUGUACAACUUGUCAAAUCUUGCUAUGAGUAUGAAACUUUCAGGCAGCGCAGACUUUGGUGAAAGUGAUGGCGAGGAUGAUACACCGGUCCUCCGGAGGUUAGAGUCAGAAUUAAUGAGUGCUGGAGGAGGAACUGCAGAAAUGGGAGGAGACCUUUUCUCUGAGAUCCAUCUGAAUGAACUGCGUAAACUAGAAAAGAAACUGGAAGAGGCUGAUCAUGAGAAGAGUCAGCUGACCACCAACCUUAAGGAGAGUCAGGAGGGCCUGGAGAAGACCCGCGGGGAAUUGGAUGCUCAGCAUGCUCGGGUUUCACAUCUCCUGGGCCACAUCACUGCUCUUGUUAAGCUGCACGAUCAGGAGAACCCAAGUCAGAUGAAGGCUGAAGACACUGCAAACCUUGUAAGCUUUUUAGAGAAGCAGAAGUCUAGGUAUCAACUUGCAUCCAAAGAGAUAUCUGAGUUGAAGAAGAGUCUGACUGAUAUUCAAAACUCUGAAAGUGGUACAGCGAGUGAUGCAGUCCAGCAACUCCGUAAUGAAGUGGCAACAAUACGUUCUAGGUUGGUUGAUACAGAACAAAAAUCCAUCGACCUCAGCAAUGACGUGAACAUUCUCAGUCAGAUGAUGAACAGUCGAGAAGGAUCCUUGUCCAUAACGAAAAAUGACCUUGGGACUAUCAGUGAAGAACUCGCACAGUUGUAUCACCAUGUGUGUACCGUUAAUGGCGAGACACCGUCAAGAGUGCUGCUAGAUCACAGUAAACAGGGGCACAACACAGAAAAAGGGGAUAGAGAAAAUCACAAGCCAUCAUCCCCAACCUUGGCUGCAACACAACUUGAGGCUCUCCGCACCAAACUCCGCACAGACGUCACUCUCUCAGACUUUGUGGACAAUAGUGACCCAGAGGCAGUACGCGAGAUUGUGGACACCAUAGUGGACCAGCUCAGACAUCUCAAGAAGUCUGUAGAACACACCAUAGAGUUAAGCAAGGAGAAGGGUCUUGUUCGGGAGACCGGAGCUUCUGAUAGUGGUUUGAGUGAGAAUGAGGUGCAGGAACUUCAGGAACAAGUGAUUAAGCUCAAGUCGCUUCUGUCCACCAAGAGGGAGCAGAUUGCCACGCUGCGCACCGUACUCAAAGCUAACAAGCAGACUGCUGAGGUUGCAUUAGCCAAUCUCAAAUCCAAGUAUGAGACAGAGAAGAGCAUAGUUUCUGAGACUAUGAUGAAACUACGUAAUGAACUGAGACUUCUGAAGGAGGAUGCUGCUACAUUCUCUAGUCUCAGGGCCAUGUUUGCCGCCCGAUGUGAGGAGUACGUGACCCAGCUGGAUGAAGUGCAGCGACAGCUAGUAGCUGCGGAGGAGGAGAAGAAAACUCUCAACUCUCUGUUGCGUAUGGCCAUUCAACAGAAACUUGCUCUCACACAACGAUUAGAAGAUAUGGAGUGUGACCGUGAAAGCAGGUUCAACAUGCGAAAGCACCCCAGCAGUCGUGCUCGGGCUCAUAGUUCUCGCUUUAAUAAUCAGCCCCAUGGAUCAACCUCACAACACCACUACCAACGUAGAGAUAAUUAUUAAGAUUUAACAUGUGCUUGAAGAAGACCACCAGUGAUAACCUUUGGCAGAUGAAUUAGAGACUGCUUUAAGAAUGUAUUUGGGUGAGCAGGAUACCAUAAACAAUAUUGAAGUAUUGCACUGUUCCGGUACCCCGUGAAUUUUGUUUCUCCUCAUCUUGUUUGUAGAACAUUCUGUAUUGUAUUUUAUCAAUGGUUUUCAUCUACAAAUAUGCUUAAGCUGUUGAGUUCACUGCUUGUUUAAUGUGACACUUUUUAAGGCCAAAACAGUGGGAAAACUUAUCGAAAAUAUAAUGUAUGAUAUAAUUGUAUAAUUUAUUAAAGCAAAUUAGUUCUUUACUGACAAAUUAUACAAUACUAAAUUUGAAAAAAGGGAAGAAUAAUAUACCCGUUCAGUAAGGGAAGAAUAAUAUACCCGUACAGUAAUGUGAAAGAUAGAAUUUACUGAACAGAAACAAAUGUUUUACUUCAUUGACUUUUAAUGGACUGAUAUUAUUGAUAUUUAUCGUUUUUAUUAUUAACAUAUAUACAGUACGUAUAUAUUUUUUAAAUUAGUGUGGUAGUAUUGUUCUUUUUAACUCAUCUGUUUUAUGAGGAUUUUUAAUUAUUUUUACUGACAGUCAAUUAAUGAACUAUGGUCAGUGAAUGUGACUUGUACUGGUAUCAUUCAUUGCUUCACGUCGUCCAUGCUCUUGAGUAAUAACAAAAUUAUGUAAAUAAUACCUGAUAGUUUUAAGGUUUAGAAUAUAAAUAAUUGGAUAAGCUAAAUUGAAUUGACUCUUUUUAUUAACAUGAGAAUUACCAAUAUAAUUUUUAUUGGAAAUGGUAAGAUUUAAAAGAUUUUGAUUGAUGGUGUAUCAGUACCAUUAUCAUUAACUGUAAUGAACUGAAUAUGACUACACAGGCCCAUGAUAUAACUCCUGGGAUAAUGGAAUGUGUAAAAGGAAGAGCAUAUUUGUGAGAUGAAAAUAUUUUGUGAUACUGACAGUGGUGGGGGAGAGGGGAAUGAUAAGAGAAAGAAUUCACCAUGUUCAUGUGGCUCAUCUGUGAGUAGCAUUAUUUUGCUUUUAGAAUUUGGAGACUGUUUACUCCUGUACACCCACCAGUAGCCCAAUGAUCUCUCAUAUACCGGCCGUAAACAGGUCGUGAUUUUUUUUAAUGACCGUAGAAAAUUUACCCUUGCUGAGUUGACAGAAAGUGAGUAGUGUUGUAAAUGUUGUUUUAAUAGAUUCCGAAGCAUAUUGUUUUGGUUUUGAUACUUUUUUGAGUUAUGUUUUUUAUCACGAUAUUUGGAUAAUGUCCGAUUAUAUGGUUUGCACAUAAUCUUUUUAUUGAAGGUUUGUGAAUAAUUUAUGUUAAUAUCACUUGUUUGGGUCUCAUGUAAACUGCAUCCACAAUGUAACAGAUUAAUUGUAGAGGAGUUUAACUUGGCAGUUAAUAUUUUUAAGGGAGUCAAAGCUGAGCAGAUGUAAGGGAUCACAGCCGAGUGAAUUAAGGAAUAUUCACAAAUAUUAAUCUUUGGAUAGCUUUAUAAUGUAGAAAUUAUCUGUAAAAUUUGUUAAGAAGUUAUAUAUAUUUUUAUCAUAACUAUCUGUCUUUUGAAUCUCAAAUGGAUUUUCUAAUCGCUAUACAGUACUGUACUUUCUAUACCUUAUAGUCCAUCUGCUUAAUGGCAGGGUGGCUGAUACAAGAUUUCUAUAAACAAACAAACAAGAUAUCUAUACAUCUCAGAAUCUCCCAACCACACACACACACACAUUCAAUAUUGUACAUCUACGGGUUCCUUCCCCCACACAGUCCCUCACCUGCAUAUCUUGAUAAAUCUUCACAGGUUUCUGUACAUCUCAGACUUCUCCAUCUACACACACACACACACACACAGUAAGUCUUGGUACAUAUCCAGAUUCAUCCUUUUAAAAACACACAGUCCUGCACUUGGUACACUUAUCUACCUUUGGCCUUGCUCUAUAAUCUAUCAUUUCAAUGCCUUGUUCCCUUUGGGAUGUGAGGGACGUCCACGUGUAGAAUAUUCCCCUUCACUUUUUCUUGCUAACACAUUGUAGUACUGUGACUAUUGAGGUAUAGCACAUGUUUAAUAAGUGGAAAGACUUUUUCACAUUAAUCAUAACUAAACUGCUCAUGUAAUGUACUUAUUUUUUAUUGUCUUAAAAAAAUGACUGAAAACUAUCAAGUUGCAACUAUGUUGUAUUCCAUUAACGGGAGGAACAUAGUGUAUAUUUCUAGUUCUUAAUACAUCAUUAUAUAAAACUCACUGGACUGAGAUGUUAGUGAAGUAUAAUUUCUUCAUUGUUAUGCACUUCGCUUACCACUCUAAUUGAAACAAUUGUGUGAAUUAAAAUUAUUUUGACAUAGUAUGCAGUUUUGGACCGAUGUCUGAGUGAAUGUAAGCAAUUACCACAAUGACCAGAUGUUGUAUGCCUGAUGCUGGAGCCCACAAAAAAUUUAAUAUUAUUUAUUUCCUUGUGGUCUGAGUUUGUUACUGGAAAUGCAAAGGCUGAUAUGAGCACAUCUCUCACUGCUCUAGCAAAUCAUUGCCAUCCAGUAGAAUAGGUAUAGGUUGAUGGGAGAAUUAGAAUAAAUUUAUGAAGAAUCUGAUUAAAUGAAAAACAUUCAUGUAAUGAAUUUUUGAUGAAUAUCCCAAGACAUACAAAUACCUUGCACAAUAUCUUGAUUUAUUGAAAUUUCCCACUCCAUGAAACACGAGUUUUUUUUAAAGAAAGGUGCUCAGUUAGCCCUUAAAUGGUAGUUGAGGGUUCCCUACUCUGCCCCCAUCUGUGUAUAAACUUCAAUGCAAGGUACUGUACUUGAAACAUCCACUGAUGGUAUCUGGUGUUUAAGGGUUAAAGAAUUUAAAAUAAUUGCAACAGUUCCAACUGGUUGAAGAAAGAUCGAGUGUAUGAUAAUGUCUCCAUUCUAUCCGACUGUUAUAGUUUACGAGGUAUGCAAAUGUUAUUGACCCAUAAGUCACCUGGCAUUAAUCAAUAAAAUAUAAAAGUAUGGCACUACUCCUUAAAGGAUUACACAGACUUGUUAAAUUGAACAGCACGUACAGUAUUCAUAAAUGCAGCCAGCCGAGAGUGGCUAAAUCUGUUAUGAAGAAAAUGUCAAUUACAGUUGUUACUGGAUAUAGAUUAUGGUUACAUGUACUGUGAUUAUUGUUCCAGUAGUGAUAACAGUUAACAAUACGUUCUCAUACUUUACUAAUACUGUAUACUGUAGCUUUCCAUUUUUCACUCAUGUUACAUAUAGUUCUCAUGACUAUAUUGGCUAAAGGAGCUCCAAAUUCUUCUAGGCAUCGUAUUUAGUAAGAGUAAUUUACAGGGUGAGCAGCUGAUAUAAUAUUUUCCGUUUUUGUGUGGGUAGAAGUGAAGAAUUAGUGAGUUUACAGAUGCAUAAUGAGACUUUCACUUUACCUAAGUGAUGUAAUGAAAUAAUGCAUACAUUUGUAUUUUUAAUUAAGUUUAAAUAAGUUGAACUUACACCAUUUUUUAAUGACUUAUACAGCCUCUGAUCAUUGGGUAACUUGCAGUAUUUUGUAUUUUAUUUGAAUGUUAAACUCCUGAAAUUAUUAUGAAUUUACUCAACCAAAUUCUUUUAAACUAUGCUUCUUUUUAUGCUUGUGAAUAUUAAAUACCUUUUUUUGCUGCAUAUUAUGUUUUCUGAACUAGUUAAGUACUGUUGUGUUCAUUACAGCUUUUAGCUCUGCCGUCUCAUCCUGUGGACAAUGAAAUUAUUUGUAUAUUAUGUAACCAUUAUUUUUAAGAUUUUUUAAUAGUUUUAUGCGGGUUUAAGGAUGAAAACUGAUGAGACUUAUAUAUGUAUGUGACUUGAGAUGGCCAAUAUUUGGCUGGUGCAAUUCGUAGCUCUUCUCACUUUUGUGUUUUAUUUCGUUUGUCUCAAAUAUUCGGCUAGAAUGUGGGAACAGUUACAGCAUAUCAAAUUAUGCCAGGGGAUUAUAGCAGCUCUGAACUGAAGUUAUUGUGUGUUAUAUAGUUCUCUGAAACAUGGAAUAUAUUUUACUAGUCUGACGUAGACAUUACAGGAUUUUCGUCGUACAGAUAUAGAAGCUGUUGCUAAAACACACUGACAUAGUACUGUAAUUAUUUAGCUGGAAUAUUUCUAGGAUCUCACCAGAACAUAUAGUCACAGUGAAGGUAUGUAAGGGAAAAAUUAGUUUUCCAAUGUUACUGUUUUGGAAUUGAAGGCAACUACAGUGUGUACAUGGCCAGAGUAUGUAGUAAGAUAUGGAGGCGUUGCGCUCUGUUGCACUUGGUUGUACAUUGUGUGUUCGUUUGCUGAGCUGUGUUGUGGUGCAGCUAACGUAGAGAAGAAUACGCAUCAUGCUUUGUUGUAGAUUAAAAACUGGUUGUAAUUUAUCUGUCCAUAUAUCAGAACUCACAUUGAGAAAUCAAGUCAAAAUUUUAAAAUGAAUUCAAGCUCCAUGCAAGUUAAUUAGGAGGUAAUAUUGUAAAUUAUUUUCAUAACAAAGUGAAAUAAGGUCAUUAGCAUUUUCUCCGGUAAGAGAUGACGUAGCAGGAAUCAUGGUUCUUACAAUGCGGGUUCUGGAACUUUGGUCACAAGUCUGACGACAUGGUGUUGUGAAUUACACAGUGAUGUCAGACCUGGUCCAUACUCCCAAGAAGACUACACACCUACUCUGUCCAUACAGUUCUUUCAGAGACUGAAAAAAGAAGUCUUCUCAGGCUUUUGAUUGUUCCCAUAUAACCCAAAGUUGUCUUGAUGUGCUCUUUCCAUAACAGCGCAGCCAGUGUUGCACAAGAGACCUACUAGGGGAGGCACAGUACUGUUAGUUGAGCCUGUUGUGGGUGUGACAUUGUUAUUAUUACACUUUAUAAAAGACAGCCAUUGUCUGAUUAGUGAUUUUUUUAAGAGCUCUAUCUAUCAUUAGGAUCUGAUGCAUAUUUACAAACAUUGUUUACUAAUCUUAACCUGCUAAUAGCUUUUUACAGUUGACAGAACCAGUCUCAUUUUGUAGUAACCAAAGAUGCAAGUCUGCUGUAUACUGAUGACUUGUAGUGUAACUGAGUAGUAUGAACUUCAUAGUGCCAGAAAGUACCUUGACAUUGAACUGGUUUUAAUCGUAGCAUUAUCUCCCAAAGGGAUUUAGAAAGCUGUAAGCAGCAUCCAGAAUAUUAGUGCAUUGUGUUGAUGUCUUUUAGUAACCAAGUCUUAAAGGCUGAUUGAUGAGUUUUAUUUAGAGUCUUGGUUAAAAUAUACCCACUACAGUAUUUGAUAUUUUAAAUUCUAAUGCAUUGGUUACAGUAAUGUAAUAAGGCCAAAUUUAUAUCAGUAGCUGCUUAUAGACUUUUCCCUUUUUAUCACAAUCUCCUGUUGGAUUAAGAAUACUGUUUUGUAUUUAUUGAGUUUUCAAGAAUGUUCACGUUUAAUGCUCCUUUAGUGGCUUUUAUCAGUUUGGAAUCCAAGUUGUAUGUCUUUGGGAGAUUUGUUCAUAUUUUUAUUUUAUUUUAUUUAUUUUUGGUGUGCAUGUCAUUAAUUCUUGUAUAUCAUUUGGUGAAUGGUUCAGCUAACUUAUUUUUAAUAUCUUUAUUUAUUAGCAUUAAGAACAUUUGAAACAUUUAUAUACAGCAGCAUUUGAGUGUAGCUAUGUACUUGAGUGAAGCGUCUUCGGGAAAUGAUCCGUGGACUUUCAAGAACAUUUUAUGGUUUGUGUGUUUGGUAAGCGGAACUUUUGUUUGAAUUUAUAGCUCGUGACCAGUUGUGGUCCUUGCUUGGUAUGAUAGACCUUGAAAAGUUUAGACAAGUCAUUUCAAUGGGAGAUGAAUUUUCAGUAAAGUUAUUCUUGUCAAAGUAUACAUGUCAUACUGAGUUUUUAUCUUUAGUUGAAAAUGACUUUAUUGGCUGGCAGAUGGAUCUGCAAGAGUGUGCCUUACAUUUUUUAGGCACUCCUGUUUUGAGGUGAUAAGUCUGAUCAGAACUCUGAAAUCUUUUGCAGGGUUAUGUAAAUGCUUGAUGUUUCUUAUUAUUGAAAUACCCAGUGAAAUAUUUUUAUUAUAUCUUCAGAAUUGAUGUUACACAUGAUUAUUAAGACUACCCAUACUGUUGUGUUGUUGCUGAUGUGCAGGAGUGUGUGUUUAUGGGGGUUGGGUAAACUGCCUUAGCUUAAUUGCUGAGGAACCAGGGAUAAGAUUUUGCUUAAAGAAUCCCAGCAACAUUCGCUUUCUCUGCACUGAAGUUACAAUUGUUUGAUGUCAUUAUUUUAAUGCCAUUUUCUCUACUACUAAUCACCUGAGGAAGUAGUAGGCAUUAUAUGAACCAGUUAUACUGUAUACUAAACUGUGUGUGCCUGUUAAGAAUUGGGAUUAAACAUUUAAUGUGGUGUUACUGGCAGGAUAAGACGACAUUUGUUGGAUUGAGGGAUUUGUCUCUACAUUCAUAGGUGGUUAGUGGUUGAGCCAGUCUUAAAUGGUAGUGUGGAUUGAUAGUAUUUGUGUAUGGUUAUUGCAGUAUUUUAUGCCUGGUGAUUUUUUUUCUAAAAGAAAAUCAAUAAGAAGUAAAAUUACUCCCAUCUUUAAAGUAUUGCACUUAGAAAUUUGAAUGUGACCCUUUACACUUAAUCUGAUAAAUACUGAACGUGUUAAUUAUUAAUAUUUGGAAUGGAAAUUUUUAUAAAAUUAAAUGUUAACAGUUAUAUCACCUUUUGUGUUACUAUUAAAAGAUGCUCUGUUAAAGACAAUGACACACAAUCCCUGAUAGAUACUGUCCAUGACUUUCAAAGCCUUUCUCCCACGGUUGGUCAUAUCCAGGGUCUACAGUGAGGGUGAUUUUCAAAAUACUCUACUGGAUACUUUCUAAAGUUACUGUAAUUGAAAUUUUGAAAACCAGAUUAUUGUCUUAUGUACUUGAUUUUUAACUGGCAAAACACUACAUGGAAGGAUUCACAGUUCUGCAAAAAACAGAUACUAUUUAAAUCAAACUUGCUUUAAAAGAUGGACACUUUUUAUUUCUAUAAUAGUGUGGGGAUCAACAUCUUAAUUAACUCUUGCAGGACACACACACACACACUCUCUCUCUUAUUUGCUGUCAUUCAUUAUUUCUAUAUUGUUGAAAUAGGUUUCCAUCUUUUAAUGUGAGUUUGAGUAACAAACUUGGUAAAACAAAUUUUCCUCAGAAAAUAGGGCACUUAAAGUACAUUCAAGCAUUGUCAUGAAAUAAGAAGCAACUUUUGUAAGUAGAAUUCACUAUGAUGUUCCCCGGGUCUGUAUUUCACCAUCAUACGUGAAUGCAGAAAUGUUCAAUGCGACAUCCACAGUAUUUUUACUUUUGUAUCUGUACUUCUUCACCGAGGACUGUAAACUUAUUUGUACAAUAGGAUCCUAUUUACAAUAAAAAUGAAAAUUAUUGAA